AUGGCAGACACACCACCAACGACGUCAUCCCCAGGGGGCACCCCUUCUUCCAGCGCUUCCGAGCAAGCGCGUAUUCGCCGAGAGCGCCGUGAGGCUAAAAUAAAAGCUGGAGGGACGUCGAGGUUAAACAAAAUCACAGGGCUCGGUGGUGGCUUACAACGAGAUAUAAAGCCUGCGGCUGCAGUACCCCAAGUAGCAUCCGUCUCUCACGCGGACCCUGACGAAGUUGACAUCAGCGAGCACUUUUACGAACCACCGCCGAAUAUCCGCCCCCAAAAUGCUCCGCCGAACCCCAAUCGUCCAUAUCCCGGCCUGUCAUCGGAUCCUAGUCAGUUGGAUGACCAGGCUCUUCGAGCCAUGAUGCUCGGUUUCCCCCCGCCUAACGGAAGUUCUCAACCCCAAUCCAACCCAUUUGGUGGACCACCGAACCCGUUCGCGGCAAUGGGCAACCCUGAUGGCACCGGUGAUCCGGCCAAUGAUCCCAUGAUGGCUAUGCUGCAACAGAUGAUGGGAGGUGAGCCAGGAGCUAUGCCAUCCUUCCCUGGCCUACCACCUAUGGGGUUUCCUGGGAACGAUGCCAACGGAGCACCGGCAGUAAAGACAUCCGCUUAUAUAUGGCGCAUCGUUCAUGCCAUAUUUGCCUUGGGAUUUGGCCUAUACAUCGCCUUUACUACAGAGUUUGGUAGAAAAGCUGACCGUCUGAAUGGCAUGGAAAGUGAGAUAAUAGAUCUGAGAGCAUUUUACGUGUUCGCAACAGUGGAAGCGAUACUGCAAGGAACUCGGUUUAUCUUCGACAGAGGACAAGACAGCCAAACUGGAAUUAUAGGGACGGUUUUGCGGUUCUUGCCCCAGCCAUUUGGAGGAUAUCUUCGGAUGUUUAUGAACUAUCGAAGUAUCUGGACUACGACAAGUGCCGAUACCUUGGUUGUGGUGUUUGUUCUCGUGGCUGCUAACCAUUGGAGAAUCUCCAACGAGGAUGGUAGCGGGCUUUUCGGCAGCACUCAUGGUAUCAAAUUAGCCUAA